AUGCCCUGGAUGGAUUGGCCAAGUGGAAAGAAAUGCACUCGCCGACUUUUCGGGAGGGGUGAGGAAGAGAGGAGUCUAACUCCUGAAGAAGCAAUAUCAAAACCAAAGAAGACAGAAGACCUUCUGAUCAAACAGGGAUUUCUGGAACAGAGGAUUCAACAGGAGCGAUAAACAGCCAGAGAGCAUGAGACCAAGAAUGAGCAGGCCACCCUGCAGGCUUUGUGGAGAAAGAAAAGGUUAGAACAGAAACUGGCACAAACUGAUGGGAGGUUGUCCGCCCUGGACGUUCAGCCAGAGGCCAUUGAGAAUGCCACCACCAAUGCAGAAGGGGACCUGGGCACUAGGAGCGUGGCUUUGUAUCUUGUUCUUCAUGACAUUGACAAGGUAGAGGAACUGCUGGGUGACAUCACAGGACAACAGCAGCUGGCCCAGCACGUAUCAGAUGCCACUCCUUGCCCUAUGGGUUCUGGAGAUGGUGUGGAUGAGGAUGAACUGCUGCAAGAUCUAGAGGAGCUGGAGCAAGAGGAAUUAACUCAGGAGUGAAGCGUGGGCAGCAAGGAGGAAGAACCCCUGGUCAGAUUGUCUCGUGUACCUUACACAGGUCUGCCUGCAGGGCCAGUACCCAGAACACUUCGUUAA